GAAGGGUCGUCUCUUCAAGUCAAAAUCAUUCGUUUGAUCGGUUGCGGGGGUGGGAAGAAGUCGAAGAACCAAACGAUCGGUGAAAAUGUGGAAGUUAAUUUACGCAGGAUUCUUGUUAAUUGUCUGUAUAAGAGCAGAACAACUGAGCUCCAAAGAGUGUGAGGUUCUAGGGUUUACAGGUCUCGCGCUCUGUUCCGAUUGCAAUGCCCUCGCCGAAUAUGUCAAAGACCAAGAACUGCUGUCUGAUUGCCGAAAAUGCUGUGCUGAGGACUCUGAUGACUCCACUAGCAAGAUCGUCUACUCUGGAGCUGUUCUGGAGGUAUGCAUGAGGAAGCUUGUGUUUUAUCCAGAAAUAGUUAGUUUCAUAGAAGAUGAGAAGGACAAGUUUCCUUCUGUUAAAGUGCACUAUGCAUUUAAUGCUCCACCAAAGUUGAUCAUGUUGGAUGAUGCUGGACAACAUAAAGAAAUCAUAAGAAUUGACAACUGGAAGCGUGAACACAUGCUGGAGUUCUUGAGGGAGAAGCUGAAGCCAAUAUCAGCAGCUUGAUUGGUCAGUUGGAAUUGUUCUUGACAUUAUCUAAGCCUGUCUAUGCACUCCCUCAUUCUGAACAAUGUACUGAGCUAUUUUUGCAACUUAUAGAACAACUAGUUAGUCUCUUCCAUCGUCUGAUGCAGUUCUUUACCAGUUCAUAGACAUGAACGAUUUGAUGCAUGAUAGAUCAUUGCUUUCUACUGAAGAUUUUACAGUUGUGAAGUUAGCAUGUGUAAAGGGACAUGCAGAAAGUAAUACAAUACAAUUAGAACCGGC